AAGUUGCAAGAGUGUUGGUGCAACUCUAGUGUCUUUUUUCGUCUGAAAUUGUUGGUGGUAAACGCGUGAUUGAAGGUGAUUUCCUCGAAAAUUUACAGGAAAUUUGUUGAGGUGUAAAGUAUGUAGAGGGAGGUUUAUUUUGGACAAUUUUUCCUCAAAUUUCGAGUUGCUCAGUGGAUUUUUGAAGAGGUAAGCCGGUGUAUUUUUUCGUCUAAAAUUGUUGGUGGUAAACGCGUGAUUGAAGGUGAUUUCCUCGAAAAUUUACAGGAUAUUUGUUGAGGUGUAAAGUAUGUAGAGGGAGGUUUAUUUUGGACAAUUUUUUGAGGUGUACAGUGGCGAUUUAAAGAGAUAACCGACCCCAUCUUAAAUUGAUAUAUGAUCACACAUCAUUCACUUCAAAGAUUACCAACCUUCUCAACACUUGAUAUAUGAGCACACAUCACCUACUUAAACGGAGGCAUGAGUGACCAAGAUGGCGUAAAGCAGCAGAGGGGUGGUGGAGGGGCAGUACCCCAGGCUCUGCCAGUGGCCGCCCCCGGACCACCCACCGCCCCCACACCUGUUGCCGCCCCCCACAAUAAGCGACCGACUAUCAUCAUUUAUCCAACAGUUUCUCCAGAGUCAGUGGUGAUCCCGAUAGUCUCAGGCAUCCUUGGAUUCCCUCUUCUUGCCCUCCUUGUCAUUUGCUGUCUCAGACGGAGAGCAAAACUGGCCAGAGAGAGAGACAGGAGAAGAGCCGGAAACUGUGAGUCUGACCCGAGCGCUAUGUCAUUAGUACGGUUCAGUCCAAUGCAUCGCUUAGGUGUCUACUUAGCGGGCCCGACGGGAGGCCGUAACCGGGCCGUCAGUCUCCGCAGCGAGCGAGCGAUGAGCCGCGCUUUCCCCUCCCUGGAGCUGGACACGGUCAUCGAGGAGCGCUCGGAUCCAGAGACCACGGGAAUCGAACCCGGAACACCCGACAGCUAGCGCCAGGCUCGCGCUUCCAUACCGGGAGGCGCCCCUUCCACACACAUCCCGCGCUCCCCCCUCUGGACCACACUGACGAGUAACACGGAUGACGAUGAGCCCAGCUGACGUCACAUGCAUCAGCAACCCGACAUCAGUUCGUCACUGCUCGACAUCACAGUGUUGCCAACUCUCCUCACAUGGGCCACGGUUGCUGCCACGGUAGACAGCGAUUCUCCCCCUUCCAACGACCCCGAAACAGCUGUUGUUUGACAGGGGGACUCGGGGGGGUCCUCCACUCCUGUGCCCCCCUCUAAUUCAGCGUGUUAUAUUAGUAGUAACUGUGUGGAGGAUGGACUGUGUUUGAGUAAUGGCAAAGAUGUGGCGCAUGUGUAAAUCAGGAUUCUAUGACUUUUAAGAGAGAAUUUUUCAAGAUAAUCAAGGUCCAUAAAUACAGGUCAUGACACAAUCCCGUGAUGCAUUGCAAAAUCGCCAUUUUGUGGGGUUCUAUUUCACCAAUUUUCAAAUUUAUUUUCAGCUGUUAUCGUUGUAGAUUGAACAUAACAUGACGUGUUAUUAGUAAUUUGAAUUGUGAAAAUAAUUCUUCCUAAAGAAUUAUAGUAUUUAGUAAAAUACUAGAAACUGAAUUGUUGAUUUCUACAUUUAAUCGAUUGGGAACUCUAAACUCUUUUUGAAGUUGGACUCGCAUAUUUCUGUCUUGUCACAAUGCCUUAUGAAUCACAAUCCUUAGGUUACAAAAAUAAGAACAAUUUUAGAUAAUAAGUAAAUGAAUAAUUGAAGCAUUUAUUACUGAAAUUUCUUUAUUAAACAAUUGAAACCC